AUGUUUUUGGAACCCGCACCGACUACAACAUCACCUGGACCACUCACUCAUUAUGGAACAUCGUCAUCAAAUGCGCCAUCUCCAAGGUCUGUUGACUCGUUUGAAGAGGCUCUGGAAUAUUGGAACAACUGGAACGGAAGAGAUCAAACUUUUGAUGGAAUUGAUCUCAAAGAAUACUUCUUUCAUCUGAUCAAUGGUCACCAUGUUCCACAGGGUAUCAGAAGAAAGCCGCUCAGCAUUCGCCAGCUGUUCUUCAUCAAAAAUCGAGGAAGAGACUCGUUCCGUUCAUUGACAGAGCAGUACUGA